AUGAGAUUCGCCAAGAAUAAACCGCUCACAAGCUUGAGGCUUAUUUACGACUCCAUGACCGCAGGGUACAAGUUUCUUACUUUACUGACCAAAGGUCAAAUCGAGAAGUCGCCAGAGCAUUCCGAAAUACUUCGACAUCUACAAAAACGUAACCAAACAGCCAAUUUUUCUCGCUCGAUCCACCCGCACAAGAAAGGUCUUCCUCCCUCAAAACAAUGGCGUAACCCUCCGCUUCUCACCAAAAUUUCUGCUCCGGGCGAGCACCCAAGAUACGAACCGACAGUCCGACCUCUUCCCAAAACCGCGUUUGUAGGCGAACGAAAGGUGCCUGUUUUCGGACACACUGCCGAGAUGAUGUCGUUCCUGCGAAUCAAGAAGCCCCAGCCGGAAAACCUCUCCCGAUCGCUAGGGGCAAAGACAACGAGAUUCAGACAAACUGUUCAAGAUACCAAGAAGGUAGAUAGGGAGCUUGUUCCAGCUGCUGCUUUGGAGGAUCUCUGGGAUGACAUCAUGCACCGACUGCUGCAUGAGAAGGGCGAUACAGUUGGAGUAAGGCGAGAGGGUCCUUUAGAAUCAUUUCGUUUCAGUACUAUCUUAACCAAAGCUUGGUGGGAAAUGAAACUUCUCAUGUUCAAUGAGGACUGGACAGCACGCUCAGAUGCAAUCUGUAAACUCGUGGAGCAAGAGAGGGCAUUGGCCAAGGGAGAAAAGCAGAGCGGCGUGGGACCAACCGAUCCUGAGGUUGCGAAGGAAUCUCUCGACCAGAUCCUUGCAGAGUACCGCCGAAAGCAGACCGAAUCGGAGCAAAAAACAAAAGAGGGCGGCACCAACUCAUUUCAAGAUCCUUUCGCAUCACCAAGGUGGUUAAAAAAGGUCAAGGCGUCAGAGAUUGAAGAACUGAAAAGGAACGGACUUGGACAAGCGAGGCAAAACAAGAAGGUCAAAGACUUCUUUGGCGAGGACUAG